AGCGGGCGGAACUGGGGCCGUGCCGGGCCGUGCCGGGCUCAGCGCACGCGUGGGGCUCUCGGGCUGUCGCCGCCAUGGCGGAGCGCAUCGAGCAGCGGCUGGAGGACCGCAUCCCGGAGCUAGAGCAGCUGGAGCGGGUCGGCCUCUUCACGCCCAAGGAGAUCAGGGCUGUCCUCAGGAAGGCCUCGGCUCUGGAAUACAAGAUCCAGCGGAGAGCUCUUCGGAAGGAGGAUUUUGUCAAUUAUAUUCAGUAUGAAAUUAACCUGCUGGAACUGAUCAAGAGAAGAAGAGCACGCAUUGGAUAUUCAUUUAAGAAGGAAGAAAUUGAAAGCUCUAUUGUGCAUAGGGUCCAUAGCCUCUUCAAACGUGCCACAGGAAAAUGGAAAGAAGAUGUUCAGCUUUGGCUGUCACAUGUUGCAUUUUGCAAGCAGUGGAAUGCAAAACAUCAGCUUAGCAAGGUGUUUUCUACUAUGUUGGCCAUUCAUUCCAAUAAACCAGCACUGUGGAUUAUGGCAGCAAAAUGGGAAAUGGAGACACGACUCUCAUCAGAAAGUGCUAGGCACUUGUUCCUUCGUGCUUUGCGCUUCCAUCCAGAGUGUCCAAAACUUUAUCAAGAGUAUUUCAGAAUGGAGCUGAUGAAUGCUGAAAAACAGAGGAAGGAAAAGAAAGAAUUUGAACAAGCAAAGAUGGACUUGGGGGAACUCAAUUAUUCUGAAGAGAUUCUUAAUGGGGAGCUGGCUCGCAUAAUCUACAGGGAUGCUGCUCAGAAAAUUAAAGGUGUUGAGUUCCAUCUGUCUGUGCUUUCUAUUGCAAAGCUUUUUGAUUUUACCCAAGAUUUGCAAAAAGAAAUUCUUGAAAGUUUGCAGACUGAAUACGCCGAUGAUCCUCUUACGUGGGACUACAUGGCCCGUCGAGAGCUGGAUCUGGGGUCCCUGAAGUCCACAGAACCCACUACAAAACAGAUGAAAGUAUCCGAAAUCACACAGAGGGAGGAACGGUGCUGUGCAGUCUUUGAAGAGGCUGUGACAGCUGUCCCCACAGAGGACAUGUGGAAAUGCUACAUCACUUUUUGCUUAGAGAGAUGUAACAGGAAAACCAACAGUGAAGAAUUAAAGCAAAAGAGACUGGAGAGGACACUAAGUGUGUUCAGCAAAGCGCAUGAGUCCAGUUUGCUGCUAGAAUCUCUCUAUAAGCAGUGGCUUCAACUAUUACUGGAGUCCAACCUUUCUGAGAAGGCUACAGAGGUGGCAGAAGCCGCAACUAAGCGCUUUAGCCUGUCAGCAGAAAUGUGGCAGAUGAGGCUGCAGGUGUUGAUCCAACUGAAGAAUGACAAUGUGACCCAGUGUUUUCAAGAAGCCUUUAAGCACUUGAAAUCUAAGGGCACUUUGCCGUUAUGGGCCCUCUGGGUGGAAUGGAGUGAAGGCACAAAUAGCAAGCAAGACACAGAAGCUCUCUACCAGAGAUCCUUGCAUGCCACAGCUCCUGCUGAAUCUGUGACUAUGAAAGAAAAAUAUCUCGACUGGGCUUAUAGGAAUGGUGGUUAUAAGAAAGUAAAAAGAGUCUUUACCAGCCUACAUGAAAAUCGUCCACUUUCACUUGACUUCUUCAGGAAAAUGAUUCAAAUCGAAAAGGAGCAAGAAUCCUGCAAAAUGCUUCAUCUGAGAGAAUACUAUGAACGUGCCUUGAGAGAGUUUGGUUCAACGGAGUCUGAUCUCUGGCUGGAUUAUAUCAAAGAGGAACUAAGUCAUCCCCAAGGCAAACCAGAAAACUGUGGGAGUAUUCACUGGCGAGCUGUGAAGAUGUUGCAGGGAGAUCAGGUGGAAGACUUCAUUUCCAAAUACACUUUAUUACAAACUGGACAUUUAUAAAAAACUAAAAAAUAGUUACAAUGUGACAUUAUGGAUUCUUUUUAAACUUUUAUACAAAGGUAAAUAUGUUUCUGGGUCAUAUUAAAGUGUACUUUUUUUUUUCUUUCUUGCA